AUAUAUAUAUAUAUAUAUAUAUAUUUUAACGCUUAUUUAUUACGAUAUUACAAUUAUGAAAAAGAUUACAUAGAUAUUUUAUUAUGUAUGUAAGAUAGAGAAUUAUGAAAACUAGUCUUGGUAAAUCUUUGGAGUGUAAAUGUGAUCCGUAUAGGGUUUUCCAAAAAUUGGAAGCUAUAGUUUCAGUUUCUGACUUUAUAUCGUGAGUAAAAAUUUGGUUCUCCAACUAUCCGGUUGCUUGGUUUUAGUUGUUUUCCUACCCCUGCUCAAGACCCAGUUAUUGAAACAUGACGACACAAAUACAAUAAAAAAUGUUCCAAGAUCAAGAAACACUUUUUUUUUCUUAGUCGACAAAAAAAAGAGAUCAAGAUUAACAAUUAUAAAUGUGAUUAUCCUAAAAAAAAUAUAAUAUAUAAUAUAUCUAGCCCAUGGUAGGCCCAGCUUCGUAUAGAGUUUACGAGUCUUCCGUUGUUACGUAUACAUAGAGAUUCUGAGGUUCAAGGGACAAACAAACAAAAACCUAGUUGCAGGUUUAAUUAAACAAUGACUAGAAUCUCCGAUCUUCCGGUAAAUUUGGUAGAGGAGAUCCUCUAUAGGGUUCCCUUGAAAUCAAUGAGAGGAGUGCGAUUAACUUGCAAAGAAUGGGACACUUCAAAGAUGCAUAUUGGUAAACUAAGGGCAGUAAAAGAAGGUGAGUCUCUGAUGAUCGCAAUGAUAGAUUACAAUCUAUAUCUCAUGAAGGUCACUCUCGUGGACAAUGAAAAUCCAUUUAUAGAGUGUAAAGGUAAACUUAACAAACAAAAUAAGAUAUCUCAAGUUUUCUACUGUGACGGUUUAUUGUUAUGCAUCUUCGACGAUGAUGAUACCAAAGCUAUUGUUUGGAAUCCGUAUUGGUGUCAAACAAGGUGUUUAGAAUUUAGAUAUUCUCAUCGCCCAUAUAGACGGGACAUGUUCAGUUACGCUCUAGGAUAUGAGGACAAGGGCUCUUGUCGUAGCUACAAAUUCUUGAGGUUUAUAGAUCAGUGCGUUGACUAUAAGACCAGAGACGAAUUUCUAUGGUAUGAGAUUUACGAUUUCGACUCUAGUUUAUGGAAGUCUCUUGAUAUCACUCCACACUGGCGUAUACUGUGUCAUCAGCCUGGCGUGUCUCUCAAAGGAAAUACUUACUGGCCUGCUUCACAAAGAAACACAAACGAUGUGAUUGACGAUCACAUUAUCUGUUUCGAUUUUACAAGUGAGAGUUUUGGUCCCCUUCUGUGUCUCCCGUUUGACGCUGGUGAUGAGGACUAUGUGACUUUAUCAUGUGUUAGAGAAGAGAAGCUUGCUGUUUUACUUACGCACAAUGAAGCAGGUCCAAUGGAGUUUGUAUGGAUUACUACUAAGAUUGAGGCAGAAAAGAUGUUGUGGAGCAAGUUCUUGAGAGUGUUAGAACCGGAUCAUAACUCUCUGAUUACAGGUGAUAGUUUCUUUAUUGACGAGGACAAGAAAGUCGCCAUGGGUUUUGAAGAAGACUACUCCAAAACUUUCAACAUUGCUGGAGAGGCUGGAUACUAUAAAAAACUGAAAUUCGUAGAACGUUUAGGGGGAAACAUACACUGUAGGGCAAAGGCGUGUUCUUAUGUUCCAAGCCUAGUGCAAAUUAAGCAACCUGCUGCAGGAGGUAAAAGGAAACACCAAAGCGACUUAGAAAAGCAACGAUGUGAUCAAAACAUGUCGAGACUUGUCUCACUUAAAAAGCGUGGCACGGUUUGGUGGUAAUCUGCAGGAGGAAAGCAAAAGGAGAAUAAACGAGAUGAUUAGUUUUCCAACUAUGUCUUUCAUUUACUCUUCUGAUACCGUGUUUUUAAUUAAUUAAUUAAGACUAGAGGUAUCACCGCGCUACGCGCGAUUUGUUUGUCUAUAAAACUUACAUGUAUAUUUUUAAUAUUAAACUUAAAUGGCAAAAUUUAAUUAUAUAACUUAUUUGUUUUGAUAUAAUAUUUAACAAAUUAUAAAGAUAUUUUGAAAAAUAUAAUUUUUUUCUUCAAAAUAUUGUUAAUUUAUAUUUUAGUAUAUAUUUUAGAUUUAAACAUAGUUAAAAAUUCUAUUAAUCUUUUAGUAAUCAUGUUAAAUUUUAUUAAAAGUUCAAAUACUCUACAUUUAAUAAAUUUUUAAUAUUUUCUAUUAUUUUAUAUUUCAUAUAUUUCUUUAUAAGUAUUCUGAUUUAAUUUUUAAACUAUUAUUUUAAGAAUAGGUAAAUGACCUUCAUUUCAUAUAUAUAUAUAUAUAUAUAUAUAUAUAUAUAUAUAUUUAUAAAUGUGUAAUAAUUUUGAAUACUUAAAUCUGUAAAGUUUGAUAACCAAUAAAAAUUAUUCAAUAAUCUUUAAUUUGAAACUAUAGUUAUUCAAUAUUAAAAUUUGUUUGGUAUUUACUAUUAUUUUAAUGAUAAUUUAUUAAAAAAAAUGUGAAAUCUGGAGAUUUCAAUGAGGAUGAUUCCAUGUUUAGAUACUACGUAAAAGUACUUUGGAUAGAUUAUGCGUAUUUCAAAUAUGCAGAUGUUAUUAGUCAUUGUUGUUGUGUAAAAAAUAAUAUAUAUAUAUAUAUAUAUAUAACAUUGCAAUAUUGUUUGUACGUUAGAGUAGAAACAUACUUCCAUUACUAUUUUACAUUCUUAAAUUAAUUAUUAAUUAUUAAACAGUUUAAAUGGAGUUAAAAUAGCGGAAAUCAGAAUAUAAAUUUUUCGAGAUUUGAAAAACUUUCUCAUAUUGCAUCGAUUGGUGAUGUUCUAACCUAAAUUGAUCUUUACAGAAAAUUAUUUCAUAAUGCAUUGAUUGGUGACUAAAUUGAACUUUACACAAAAAUAUUUGGUAUAACAUUAUAAAUAAAUGAUGGAAAAUUAAUCUAAUGUAUAUAUAUAUAUGAUAGACUGAAAAUAACAACUAAAAGAAUUACGGCAAAUUUCUCAAAUUGCUCUUUUAAGAUUUAAUAACUCACAAAGAGGAACAUGACUAAAACAUGUUUCAACAAAGAAGUAAAAGACCAUUUUACUUUUAUUUUAUAGAUUUAAAUAUAAUAAUUAUUUAAAUAAAAAUAGGGUCGACGACCUAUUUCCACACCAUAACUAUCAUAUAGUAACAGAUCCACACAAACUUUCACCCUCGUCAUAAUUAGACACAAUUAAACUAUCUCAACCUAUUUCCACCCAAUUUUAAAGAUCGAAACUCGUUUCCACACAAAGGAAGAUUGAGCUUGGUUUUGAUAGUUAUUGUGUGGAAAUAGGUCGUCGACCCAUAAAAAUACAAUAAUAAUUUUUAUUUUUGAAUAAUACAGUUUUGAAUUCAAAUUUUUUUUUUUCAGAUUUCUCAAUAUUUUAACUUGAAAUCCCAAAUUAUUACUGAAACUAAAAAACUUUUAUGUGAAAUUGUGUAGUUUGUUUUAAAGAAAAAUCAUGUACACACCCCUCUAAUUUAAACCAUAAUUCUAUAUUAGUUAACUAUAGAAGUAUAAAUGUCUAUUUAUCUUUUAGUGAAAUCUCUUUUUUGUCAUUUUGACCCUUGAAUGCUAUAUUUGUAACAAAAAAAUUCUAGAUCAUCCUAAAAAACUUCUCAGAAAAGUAUUUGUAAUGAGCUAAUCAAAAGCCACAAACAUAUUUUAAUUUUUACUUUAAUAGUAUAUGCUGAUUUUUUUCAGUGGUACACACGAAAAGCCACAAAGUUUCAUUAAUUAUUUACUUUAUUUAGUAUAUACAAAUCUUGUAUGUUCUGACAAACGUUUUGACAUAACUUUAUUUUAAUUUACAAAACAUUUAGAGUAGACAUCAAAUUCACGCUUAAGAUAAUUUUUAAUUUUAUUUUUACUGAAUUUUAAUUUUUAUUUAUAAAUAUUUUUUCUUUAUUUUUUUAACAAAUUAAACACAAUGUAUCCAUUUAGUUAGUUAAACGUUUUAUGCUGUUUAUCUGAAAAUAUCAUAUGAAGUACACUCUAAGAGAAUGCUAAAAUUGGCUUAGAUCGUAGAAAUUUUCUUGCGCUACACCCAACUGCUAACUUAUAUAUUUCAAUUUGUUGCAAAUGUGUUAUGUAUGUUUUUUAUUAUCUGUUCUUCUUUUCUACAAUAUUAACUCAAUAAGUUGUUUUUUUCAUAAGUGUUCUUGCAUGUAAAUGUUAAUUACUUUAUCAGUAUUGAGAUUUAAGAGUAUAAUAUAUAUAUAUAUAUAUAUAUAUAUAAUAUGAGUGUGUGACUUGCUAGAAUUGACCUACCACGAAUGAUUUCCCUUGGUUAACAAUAAUUGUUGUAUUAUAUUUGGCUAUAAAAGAAGAAUAUAUAGUGCAACAAACAUAGUUAAGGAGAGGAAGAUAUCUCUAGAUUCGAUAUUUUUUAAUGAUGUUGAUUGAUUGUUAAUGUCCAUUUAGUUAUCAUGUAGGGUUGUCUAGUAUUUGUUUGGGCAGUUAAUUUUUCUUAGUCGCUUUCUUUUGUUAUUUUAUAGUAUGUUCUAUUUUAAGUAAAAUUAAUGAAAACUUGACGUUUUGGUUUUCUUUUAGCCAGCGAAGUGGAGAUUGAAGGAAGGAGGAGCAUCGUAUACGUCGGCUAUAGUUUAAUAAAUUAAUGAUUAAAGUUUUUUUUUGUUGCAAAACAAUAUGACAUGGCAAUUUAAAAACAUAUGGUUGGCUGAUUUUCUUUGCUGAUGUGGACAUCCUCUCCUUUCAAGUUAUUCUUCUUUUAGUAUAGUAUAGAUGUCGUUUUGGUGUUGGUUACCUCUUUUUUUUUUAUAUGUUACAUUUUUUUGGAUGAUUAGUUUUAGGGUUUAAUUAUAGUUUCGUAUUCCUUAGGUUUUCACAGAUAACAAAGAUCACUAUAGUGACGACAUUCCUACUCCUCCACAACUCUCUGAGUCAGUAAAUGAGAUGAUUAGUCUUUCAAGGAUUAGUGACGACAUGAGCUGAGUGGGUUUUUAUAAUAGUGUUUAUUUAUUAAAUGGUUUUGACAUUUUGCAACACUACAUAUUUUAUCGAUUAUAAAAUGAUGAAUACAAAUGUUGGUAUCUUAAAUAUAUUAUCGUUGUUGAAUAAUUAACGUAUUUCAUCUCAUUUUAAUUUUUUUUAAGACUUCAUAUGCACAAAAGAAAUUAAAUUUUACGGCUAACAUAAAUCACCAAAACUAAAUAGACAAUAUCGAUUGUAUAAUGACGAAAAUGAAUUAGGUUUUCUGCUCUCGAUUUGUUUACUAUUUACUUUUCAUAAGUGAUUUUAUUUUCUACCUCUAUAAAAUUUUGCUUUCGUUCCCGUCUUUCUUUCAUUGAUAUGAGUUAAGUUUCUUUUUUUAACUUCUUCUAUGAAUUUGGUUUACAUAAGUAUCAAUUUAAAAAAAAAUAGACAUCUGUAAAAAUUAGUUAACUUCAGAAACAUAUCUAAUAAUAAAAAUUUUGAAAACAAAACACCGGCAAACAAUACUAACGGGUUAAUGUUCAAAUAUAAUAUAUCAAGUUGUUAUAGAAUAUAAGUGCAAACUCAAAAUAUAAAUGUCUGGUCUAGUAUAUGUUCACCAGCUCGGU